AUGAGCUACAUCACUCGCCGAGCGCUUUCGACGCUCAUCCCCCCCAAGGUUGCGUCGCCCAAGGCUAUUGGCAGCGCUCCGGAUGCUGUGCGCAUGCAGCGUGUUGUCAGCUUCUACGAGAAGCUUCCCCGUGGCCCGGCUCCCGAGGUCAAGGCCAAGGGCAUUCUCGGUCGCUACCAGGCCAAGCACUUUGGCAAGAACGCGACCGCGAAGCCCAUCAUCCAGGCCGUCGCUAUUCUCGUCAUCAUCGGCUACGCCCAGCAGUACUACUUUCACCUGCGUCACCACAAGAACAACGCCCACUAA